UUCUCUGAACUGGUGAGUUGGGAGAGUGAGUGUGUGACUUCAUCCUCUCAGUCACUCAGUCAAUCUGGAGUUUACUGGCGUAGUAGCUGGUGGUGGUUCGGUGGAGGCUGCGCGAAAGGAAGGCUGGGGGGAUAAUCCCGUUCCCAUCAUUGUCGGUCCGAGUCCGACUUCGUCAGUUGUGUACGGGCAAUCGGGCAUAGGUCGUGCGUGGCUCGUUGGAGCCUGGGCAUUGAUGGCUGUUUAGUGAAUUGAAUUUUAUAGAUAGUUUGAUACAGAAGUGCAGUGUCCUUUUAAAUACAUCGGAUCUUUUCUCCAUAAGUUGUGAAAGUGUUACUGGUGAAUUGUUCUGCCGUAUUGUUAGCUAUCGUCAGGAUCCACCGAGAGAGAACAGGAAUCGCUUAUAAUAGCAUCGGCUAACCAGAUGAGACCGUUGUGCAACAGCCAUCCCCAACGAAUCCACGAAUCCUGACCUGAAGAGACAUUGACGAAUAGCAAAACUGCGCCCGCCCAAACAGAGAUGACCUCAAGAAGGGAAGAUUACGGCGACUACGACCGUGGGCAGGACGACCCACGGGCGUACAUGAAUCCCGAGUACCACCGGUCCACGGAGUCGUUGGACUACCCGGGAUUAGGAGGAGGUGGUUAUACCAGCGACGGGAUGACCGACGUCCCUCUGAACGACCGCGCCCUUGGGGGCUCCCCGGCUAACAGCGACAUGACGGCAGCUACCGUGCCCGUCUCCCCGACGGGCGGCCGAAGAAUACGUGAUCGACGAGUUCCUCUGGUUGAAGUUCGACAGAACAUCACAUAUGCAACAAAUCAGGCGGGCAAAGCUAUUACAACUGGCACGAACUAUGCAGGACGAGCCAUUGCGAAUGGCACCAACGUUGCAGGUCGAGCCAUUGCCAAUGGUACUAAUGUAGCAGGUCGGGCCAUCGCGAAUGGUACUAACGUUGCAGGUCGAGCCAUAGCAAAUGGCGCCAAACAGGGGUUCAAGACGUUGACCCAGCCGAUGGAAAUCUCCAAAUUCGGCGUCUUCGAUGUCUUGACUGCCCUGGUGGGUGUGGGGAUGUUCUACUUCGACGUUAUCUCCGAUAUCUUGGUCGCUUACUAUAUGUACGACGACGAGGCUACGCAUGAAUGGUUCUUGGCCACUGUUCUGCUGCUAGUGAUACCCCUGAUCGUGGUGAACGGAUUCAGCCUUUACUGGUACUGGUUCGACGAACGGGUUUGCGAGCAUGAUGGUAUGUGCCCAAGGACUCCUAAAGUACCCGUGGCCCUUUGGUUCUUCAGGAUCCUUGGUCAUCUGAUGCUCCAUGCCAGCAUACUAAGAACGAUUGAUUUACUCUACUACGGUAUAAAGAGCAUCAAAGGUUCGUCUUUGGCGCCGAAGGAGGAACCACAGACUGAGGAUCAGUACAAAACGGAGGAUGCAGCGAAUGGCUACGCAGAUCCGCCUCCCGCCCACAAUCACCGCCAUGAUGGACUUUACUAUCAGAAGCUGUGGAUCCACGCUGAAAGAGACGCGGCCAAUGUGGACCUCAUGUCUUCGCUGGUGCAGGACGCUCCCCAGCUCAUCUUGCAGAUUUAUAUCAUGGCCAAUACCAUUCCUGAACAGUCGCUGCAGGGAGAGAUAUCCACGACAAUGAUGAUGCAGCUGUUGUCAGUGGGGGCUUCCCUCGUAGCCAUGGCUUUCUCGGUCGGCUCUUUCACCAAAGCGACUCGCCUGGCAGAACCCUCCAUGGGGAACCUCAGCGCAGCUGGUCUGAUGGUGCUCUCUCUGGCGCACUUCUGCUGCAUUGGACCUCAGGUGUUGUGCUUUUCCCUGUUCGCCACGAAAUACCUAGUCAUCUUCUUCAUCGUUGUUUCGUGUCACUGGCUGGCUGCCAGCAUCCUCAUCUUAUUCACGCUGAUCUGUUGUCCCAACCCCAUCCGCAUGAACGCCACCUUCACCCACGACAUGAGGCAGGGCCCUUGUCACAGAAUCGACGACGUGUUCUUCAGCGCCGUCUUCGGGCUGAUCCUCCUCUACACGUUCGUCGACGUCGGAGGGAAGAAGCCGAAGAUCCAGGGGGCGAUAUACCACUUCCUGAGGAUCGUCGAGGAAUGCUGCAUGAUUGCCUUUUGGUACCUGCAAACAGAGGGCCACUUCUGGUACCAGUGGCUUCCCCUGGUCAUCGUCUCGACGUUCUUUCUCCUGAGCAUCGCGUUCUCGGCCAUAUUCUUCUACUGCGUUCAUCCGGAUCGCAAGCGCACGCCUUCCGUGGCGUGACAGGGCGAGUGAAGUAAUAUCUAGCCGUUAAUAAAAACUUUUUUCACAUUUCCUUCUACGUCAGUUCAGUCUUUCGUCUCCCAGGGGAAGCGGGUUAAUGGAGGUGGGUCUUAACUCCCAAGGACCUCAGUGUUUUACCGUGGUUUUACCCUUGUGAGAGACAGUAACCUUACCGUCCAUAUUUCCCUUCAUUAUCCGGAAGGAUUCUGUUAGUCAAAGUUGAAUUCUGGAUCAUUAUAAAUUUAUAAAGAGUCGCGCGGUAAUAUAACUAAAGAUAUGAAGCUAUAAACUGUCUUGAGGAAGUUGAUGAAAGUGAGCCGAAAUUGAAUAAUAAUACAAACUGAGAAUUGUGGGUUUUUGAUUCGUGAUAUUUAAAUAUAAUAGAAAAUAUUUGCUGUUGCCAAAGAGUUAACAAACUAGAUUUCACUUUCGCAAUUUCCUGGAACUUGAAAAGAAAAAAAAUUUAAGGUUACUAUUAUAGAAUACAAUUGAAGCCAACUUUGCCAGCAAAUACAUUGGACUGGAAUAAUGCUUAGUCCUCGAUAUCAGCUUCCCAGUACAUGACAUGAUAGCGCAAAGAGCUGUAAUUGGUCUUGGGCAAGUCAAGAUGAAGUCGAGUUUUGGAAACCGCGAACCAAGAGCUGUGAUUGGACGUGGGCAAAUCCAAUUUGAAGUCGAGGUUUUGGAAAUCAUUAACCAAGACCUCUGAUUGGACGUGGGCAAAUCCAAAGUGUAGUCGACGUUUUGGAAAUCAUUGGCCAAGAACUCUGAUUGGACGCGGGCAAAUCGAAGUUGAGGUCGAGGUUUUGGAAAUCAUUAACUAAGAACUCUGACUGGACGUGGGCAAAUCCAAGUUGAAGUCGACGUUUUGGAAAUCAUUGACCAACAGCUGUGAUUGGACGAUGACAAAUCCAAGUUGAAGUCGACGUUUUGAACCGAUUGCCAGCAGCGACCUUUUGCAUUAAAAUGUGAAAAGGAAAUUGCCUGGUAUUACUCCAGUUCUCGUUCAGUCUUGAUUCCAGUAGGCUGGAUACCUUUUUAAAGAUAAGUCCGUUAGCUAUUUAGCUUAAAUUGCCACAGAGAAGGAUUAUUUUAAAUCAUCAGAUUAAAAGUCCUUACAAUUUUCGGUCCUGGGCCACGCUAGAGGGAUAAUGUUAAUACAUAUAUUCAUUAUAUAUAUAUAUAUAUAU